AGUCCAGUUUUCCAACUAACCUUUUUCAAACCUGUUUUGAGCAAUGUUUUCCUCGGGACCAAACACCAAGUGUGCAACUCUAUUGUCCGGACCUAGUAAAUAGUCUAACUGUAUUUGCAUAACAAUGGAAUUCAAUCUAAAGGGAGCAUGAGGUUGACAUGUGCUCAGUGUCAUAGGGGCAGAUAGAACAGUUUGUGCUGACAUGAUAACUCACGUGAUUUUAAUAACAAUGCUCUAUCCUUUUUCUCUGACACAUAAAAGGCUCUGGGAUGAGGACAGGCCUGUCCUGUUGACCUCCACAGUCAUGAUGGGUAAGAUCAUCUUCUACGAGGGCAGGAAUUUUGAGGGACGCCACUAUGAGUGCAGUGGUGACUGCACUGACAUGCACUCCCACUUCUCCCGAUGUAACUCCAUUCGAGUGGACAGUGGGUGCUGGAUGGCCUAUGAGAAGCCUAACUUUUCUGGGUACCAGUACAUGCUGACAAGGGGGAGGUACGCUGACCACCAUCGCUGGUCCGGCUUCAACGACUGCAUCCGCUCCUGUCGCAUAAUCCCAGCUUACAAUGGAAACUACAGGAUGAAGAUCUUUGAGAGAUCAGACUUUGGGGGAAAGAUGAUGGAGCUGAGCGACGACUGCCCCAACCUGCAGGACCGCUUCCACCGGAGAGACAUUUCCUCCUGCAAUGUUAUGGAGGGCUACUGGAUCCUCCACGAGCACCCAAACUACAGGGGCCAUCAGUACUUCCUGCGCCCUGGCGAGUACAACAAGCAUAGCGACUGGGGCAGCAUGAGCUCUACCAUUGGCUCAGUGCGUCGCGUCACAGAGCUGAAGCAAAACAACCAAUAAAGCGGUCUCUAGAUCGCUCUGUCUAGCCAGGCUAGAUCUGUCUGACAGCCUGCAGAAGUCUAUACAUAUGUAGAGGGGAUGCCAACAUGAGUCAAUCUCAGAAUAUGGUUGAUAUCAGGGAAUAAGGAGAUUGUCCUUUAGUAAUUAGACCACUUACUGAGAAUAUGGCUGGGCUGAAGAAAGCAAGCAGUGGAUUGGAAUCCUGGUGUAGAUUUGUAUACAAGAACAUUUAAAAGGGCUUUAUGCAGACAGUCGUCAAUUUAUACAUACCAUUUCCUCACAUUGAAUAAUAAACCAGUGGACUGAAGGGACAGUAUAUUUAAUUGUGUCACUAAUGCAGCAUGCAGCAGCAAAGACAGUUGCAAUUUCUUCCAACUGAGCCUGCUUAAAUUGUGUUUUUUAAAACAUUCUGACCUAUACCGAAACACGUGAACUUCAUGUGUCUAUGACAAAGUAACUUUGUUAACUUGUCAAUGUAGCACUGUUUGGAAUAUAACAAAAUCUUACCAGUUGAUGUAUGUGGUGUGAGACAAUACAAUGUUGGUGUGUUGACGUUCACUACAAGUAAAUCAAGUUUGAGCAAUCAGGUAUCAAUCACAAUAAUUAUUCAUAUCAACAAAAAAAAUUCUCUUUCACCGUGAUUGUGAAACAAAUGUGAUUGAGAACCUAACUGUACAUCAUAUUUAUUAUUCAAAGAAUCUGUGGCAUGAGGAACCAAAGAUAACAAACUUUCACUAUGGACCUGUACUGACACCAAACAUGUGACCAUAAACAUGAAAAACAGAAGGGGGAAAAAAGUUGAUACAUAAAAAUCAAAUCAAAUAGGGCCAGUAACCAAUCAUGAUUACAAAUUAUUUUACCAUAAACAUUUAUGAGUGGAGGGGGAGGCACAAAUUGCACAAAAUGUCCAACCUCUGUGG